CAGAAAGUUUGGAGGCCAGCAGGCGAGCAGUGGGAUACCGACGGAUAGGAAGUGACGGGACUGCAUGAAUUGCAGUAGGGAGAAAAUAGCGGAGACGUGAAUAUCAACACAAAGCAGAACGAGAAGCAACGUGUGCGAUCAUCGGCUGUAGCGCUAGGGGGGGGGGGGGGGGGGGGAGAAAAUGAAAUGCGCAUGAUCUUAUCAACAACGCCGGAGAGAGAGACUUUCAAUGGAAGUGAACUGAGUCCCAGAAGUGAAAAGCAGAGAUUUAUUUUUUAAAGUAAAAGGAGUUUGUCCAUGACCGUGCUUGGGAUUUUGGAAAGAAGUGCUGGCACACCGGGGACCAUAUGGAAGUGCGACCUGUGAACUACACUUUAAAUAUGAAGGAAACUACUUUACGAAAAAAUCCAAGAAAAUAGUUAGGGGAUAUGAACGCAGAUCUUUUGAUUUCGCUUCGAUUUUCUCCUCUAUCGGGUUCAGUUUUGCGUCUUUGGGGAUGUUUGCGAGUUGCGUCUCUGCGGCUUCGGUUCGGAUACUGACCCGUGUCUGCGCACUGGUGCUGCUGGUCGCUGUGGGACUUUGUUCGGAGCUGCGGGUCCGGGUCCGGCUCGCUGACGGACUGGUGACCGAGGAGGUGUUGGAGGCGGACAGUGAGAAAGACUUAAUAUCGCUCGAAUUCAAGCAGGGAGAUGGGGCACUCAUCACUUUUAUGGCGGACUUCAAACAGGAUGUGAAGAUAUUCCGAGCGCUGAUCCUGGGCGAGCUGGAAAGAGGGCAGAACCAGUACCAGGCCCUGUGCUUCAUCUCUCGCCUCAGCCGCAAUGAGAUCAUCCCGAGCGAGUCCAUGACCCGUCUCAGACAGAAAAAUCCUCAUGCCAUUCGCUUGGCAGAGGAGCGGAGAGGGCUGGAGCAGCUGACGAUGAGCGCGGCGGUAAAUCUAACUCAGGCGUCUCAACUCAGCUCCCACAUACACAACAUGUGCAGCGAGGCCCGGGAGGCCAUUUACACCAGGGAGUCCGAUGUCAAACACUGGCUGGACAAAGGAGUGGACGGCUCCAUGUUCGAGGUCCUGCCCCAAACAACGGAGGCGCCCAGUUUUCAGGCCUGUCACUCUACUAAAGACUUGUGGCAGCCCUGUCUCUGCACAUAUAGCCUGCGUCUGGAGUGGUACCCAUGUUUGCUCAAGUACUGCCGCAGCCGGGACACCACAGGCAAAGGCUCGACCUACAAGUGUGGCAUAAAGAGCUGCAGCAAGGGCUACCAUUUCACUUACUAUGUUCCCCAAAAACAGCUGUGUCUAUGGGAUGAGGAGACCUAGCAAUUUUGUUCUGGAUAGUUAAGACAUUUUUCCCAAGCCAAGCCAAUGCUUUCGCCCCCUUCACAGCCUUUUCAAAGUAAACACGGUAACACUGGACCUCGGUUUAUGUGAUGUUUAGUGAAGCGGUCUCGGGAUCCAGAUGUUCAAGAUGAGACAGAAAUGAAUUCAGGUUCCAAAAGAGACCAAAGCCUUCGAGGAAGGAGAGAUGCAGCACGUCGUUCUGUGAGGACCCACUUACUUUAAGCCUUUUUCCUGGGAAAAUUACAAGCUAGCAUGUGACUUUGCCAAGAAGCUGUCACUUAUGUGCCUUUUUUUUUUGGGGGGGGGGGGGGGGGGAUUAUUGGAGCAGAUGACAGACACCAACAACAAUAACCUCCCAAAACAAGCUACGGUUUGCACAAAGCUGGACAGUGCGUUUCUGGUCAAUCUAACAGCAGCAGAGGAACAUCAGUCCCAUUCUGGUCCAAGGAAUCGUACUGAACAAACAUAAUCUUCCAUCCUGGUUAUGAAACAUUUGGAUGGUUUUGUUUUUUGUCUUCCCUUUUUUUAAAGCUCUGUGAAAAACCGUUAAUAGCCGGUUAAACUAAAGCUGGCUGACAAAAGAAAUGCUUCUUCAAUGCUGGCUUUAUUUAUUUUAGUUGCAAAGUGAAAUUAUUUAGGACUAUUUUUGUAUCUUUUUUUUGUUGCAUUAAACAAGCUGUUUAAGUCUCAUGUCUAAACCACAGGUCCUCGGUAACAAUAGGUAUUCAAACACACUUUUUAGAACCGUUUAACCUCUUGGAUCAUUGUACGCUGUUUCUAAACUCAUCCAUAUGUCAUGCGACUUUGUUGCCAAGUUUUCAUGGUUGUACAGAGAGUGUGGAUAAAGAGGUUUAUUAUCUACUUUAAUAGCACAGAUGUAGUUCUGCUUUGCUCCCAUCAAUAUCCACGGGGGACACCUCAUGCCAACCACUCGCAUUCUAAUGUCGGUUUAAAAGUGUCAAAUGAACCAAAGUGAAAGGGAAUACUGUCUAAAGAAGGGUGCAAUGCUUCUGUUUCUAGAAGCACACUCUUCACUGUGGUGUUUUAACAUGUUAGGCUUGACUAAACCUGCAGUAUGGCCUUUUAUAAUAAUCUAUACUGCCAUCUUCUGGUAAAACGGUAUGUUUUCUUUGCUGUAUCCCAAUGCCAAAAUGCUAUUUUUUUGGUUUUGUUUGUUAAUGUCAACAGUUAAAUGUCUAUAAUUUAUGCAACUCAAAUCCCUAAUAAUAUUUCAUGCAUAAUUCAAGGAGCAUUUCUUGAACUUGUGGGACCAAAUUUCAUUGUGUCUGUCUAUUCUUAAGAGCAAUAGGUUGAAGUAUGAAUUUGGUUUGUAUUACCUCCAUCUUCAUUUCAGUCUUUUCCGCCAUAUCAAAAGAUAAUUUAGUGUUUUGUGUGUUGGUAUGUCCUGCUAACUAAAGAACCAAAUGAGUGAAACAUUUCUAUGUGUGGCCUUUACUGGUGAUCAAGUGCCUUAACAUUUUCACUGAUAUCUUUGCUAUGUAAUUAUAGAUUAAGUUUGUAAACCUAUUUUUUCUAUGAAAGAGUUUCGCAUAUGUUGUAAAAAACAAAGUUGCCAUAAGGAGAAAAUUAAGCAAUUAGGUAAUGUACCAUUUUAAGAGUUGAGUUUUACAUGAAUUGUUUCAAUAAAGUCUUUCUUUGCAAUGCA